CGUAUAUAUCAUGUCCGAGAGAAGUUUGAGGAAAAGAUCCUCUGCUCUAGCAAUUGGUGAAGGAUGUCAUAGUAAGAAAUUACGCCAAAGCAACCUUUUUGAACAAAACAAGUGCCUCUUUUGUGAAAAAGAUCUGAAAUAUCUCAAAGGAAACACAAAAGAAUCAUUAACAAAAUGCCAAACAGACAACGCUUCAACAUCAAUAAUAAAUGCAGUGAAAGCCCAAGAAGACUGGACUUUACAUGCAAAAAUAGGAGGACGCUGUUUGAUAUCAGCAGAAGCUUGGUACCAUAAUACCUGUAGAAGAAAUUACUUGUGCAAGAAAGUACGAACGAUAAAUGAAGAGGAAAAGGUUUUAAUAACAUCAUUUGACUUCAUAUGUAAGCAUAUAGAUGAACAUGUCCUUCAAACCGAUGGAGUUGAAACACUUGAACAUGUCCAUGAGCUGUAUCAGGCACAUAUGAAGGAAAACAAUCUGAGUGACUAUAACCCCAAAUAUAAACAGCUCUUCCUGAAGAACAAACUUUCUGUUCGCUAUAAAGAUGACCUUUGUUGCAAUCUACUCUUAAUUGCCUUUCAUUUGAGUAUAAUAAAGCUAUACUUCAUAAAGAUCUAAAAAUUAGCGAAAAUUUCUGUUUUCCUGAAAAACACAGAAUAUAUGUGAAAUAGAUAGAUGUUGCGAAUAUAAAUA